GCGCGAAAGUCAGGCAAGGCACCACAACAGGUACCACCACAGCAGGCACACCAGAGGCACCACCACAAGCGCCACACAGCCACCACAGAGCCACUCCCGUUAGGCAAAAUGCAGGUCCAUCAGGCUGUGUUUGGAGCCGCCGUGCUCGGUAUGCUGUUGGCGAUCGGAGGCUCCCUGCCCGUCUUGGAUGUCAGUUCGGGCAUCGACAACCAGACGAUCGAGGACCUCAGAGCCAGUGUCAAUGAUUCGCCUAAAAAUUUGUAUGUUGUCAAGGCGGUGGUCUACGAAAUCGGCAUCCUGACGGAAGUGGAUGAGAAUGACACCAGCUUCGAGAGCCAGGAGCGCGUCGACCUCACCUUCUAUGACACACACAGCAACAAGAGCCACAUCGACCUGGGCAACAUUCCGCUGCCCAUCCAGACGAACGUCACCGGCCAGGUACUCACCGGCAUUGCGCCGGUGAACCUGGGCGCCUUCAGCAGUCCCCAGGAGCUACUGGAAACACUUCCGCUAACCGGCAGCAUUGUGAACAUCACGCACAGUGACACGGCCUUCUACCAGCUGAGCAAGUCCAAUGUAUCGGCCGCCGACAGGCCCCAGGUCCUGGACCAGGAUGCGCUCUCAAAGCUCACCCAUGUGGCCCAGCUGUUCCCGCCCUCGUCGACCAUCGGCAAGUCCCUGCCAGUGAAUCCGACCCGAGACAACGAAGUGGCCCAGUCCGAGCCGGAGGAUUAGAGGGGGCUGGGCAGUGCGUUACUCUAGAAUGAUACCAUCAAACGUAUACGGGACAUUAAUAGAUCUACUUAGUUUUACGGCUACUCAAGACACAUACUGAAGUACCUACAGUGCUAGAAAAGACUGGACGAGGACAAAAGAUCACCAUCAUUGAAUCCAUUCCGCCUUGAUCGCAGGUCACAUCACAAGGCUGGAAUUUCACUUUUCUGUUGUAAAGUAAAAAUAAAUUUCGCAUUAGAGCUAGGCAAAUGA